AUUACCUAUUAAACUAAUUUCCACAUGUUUUAAGGUGUAACAUAUGUUAAUAAUUAAACGUUAGACGAAAAGCGAGAUGCCAAAACAUCUAUUGCAAGUUGAUUGGUUCGGAGGCACAGACGUCAUCAGUGAUUUAAAAUUUUAAAUCAGCUACUUUGUGGAUGUCGAAGGUGCUUUAGAGUUUGAAUUGACCAGGGAACAAUGCAGGAUAUAGGAGAGCGUCUGAAGCAGAUGGUGAGAAUUUUUAGGCGAGAGAGCCACCACUUGCUAGAAUCUGAGAGAACGACUGUGUACGGGGCUGACGCCAUGCUGAUGGUGCUGCAGCUGGUCAUGGCCCAAGUCAAUAAGCAGCAAGGCGGCGAGUUCCAAGCGGCCCUGGGCGACGUCCUGCUGGCAUGGAAGCACUUGCUGCUGGACAAACUUGGCCUCCGGCCCUCGGACGACGAGGUCGCGCCUGAGCAGGGAUGUGAUGUCAUCCUGGAAGCGUACGAGGCCUUCCUGAAGCGCUCCAACGCCGUGGAUCUGGUCCACGUCCUCACCAUGUGCCGGCAGCUCGGAGACCACUCGGACCCCCCCGGGGAUAUUGUCAACCCUGUCGAGCUAUACGAGUUCCUAGCAGACAGCACGGAAGUGUCGGCCGCCCCGUCAACACCACCCGCUAAAUCCCGAGCGUGCAACUGGCAGGUCAAAUCUGCGGUGAGAAGCGUCUUCUGCUCCUACCUGAGCUUGCUGGUCAACGCCAAGGACGACCUGGCCUUGGCGCGGACUCUGGAUGUCCCCAGCCGGGCGCUCGGACGCCAGACGUUCACCGACGUGAGACAUGCGGCAGGCCGGACUGGCAUGUCACUGUUUUUGGCGGUGACGUCGUUCGUGAGGGCCAUUCAGCUAGGCGGGAAGGGUUAUGCGCCGGCACCUUCGGACCCGCUCAGGAAGCACAUCAAGGGCCUUUCCGCCUACGUCCGCUUCCUGGACCACCUGGAGGACAUCCUGGGAGAGACGGCGGAUCCCAGCGUGUGCGGCUCCAAGUUGGUGUGUGCCAUCCGGGGAGCUCUGGUGAAGGGUUGUGACUCCAAAGACGUCUGCUCCGCCGCACAGGAGACAGCAAAGCAGCUGGAGGAGGAAAUCUGCAAACUGCACCGAGUUCAGAAAGACAGCGCUCACGCAGCCGGGACCGGGAUCAGCCCCGCCAGGCCGAAGGCGCACGCGGUGAAUCGCGCCACGGCGUACGGCGGCCGAGAAUCAGUCAAGGUACUGCUCGCUCUGCUGGACGAAGAAGCAGCGGCGCAGCCGUGCGCUAAAAAGGACGAAAUCCCCGCGGACCGAGUUUUGGUUUCAGGACCAUCCACGCGGCCGUGUGAACCGCGGAACAAGAUGGGACCGCGAGCCAUCCGAUCCCAGUUUGCCUGCACCUACCGGAAGGAGGAAGAACCGCCCCUCAAUCGCGUUCUGCACUUCCCGAGCUCGAGCCAAGUUCCCACCUGCGUGCAUCCGGCACCCAAAGCCAAAAGCGGCGCCGCGCCCGCAGCCGAACCUCCCGAGGUCCUCCCCGUGCCGGUUCCCGGGAGCGGGAACGCCAACCCGCUCCGAGCUCCAGCUUCGGACCGCGCGCUGAAGAAGACGGCAAAGAAGAGGAAGCGGGCGGACGCGGGAAGUGACAACGAACCACCGGAGAAGAAGAAGCAGACGGUGAAAUCGAGUGUAAAAAGCAGCACCGCCAAAAAGAAGAAAACGAUACCGGGACAGGCGACACUGACCAGCUUCUUCAGAGUCUGACCGGGCUCCUUUUUGAGGAUUUUGUUUGAAGAUCUUGUGGCAAAACGUCACCUUAGGCAAGACUUGCUUUGGCAGCUCAGGCCGCCGCGCACGAAAGGUCGAGAGACACUUGUGGGGGCUUCAGGUUGGCACCUAAUCUGUAAAAUUCAGGGCCGAGAUUCUCCGUUUGAGGCGUGUGAGGUUUAUCGACGUUUUGACUGCAAAAAAAGGAGCAUUUGGGGGGACUGAGUCCCCCCCCCAUUUUGUGUUGCCUUUUUUUGUGGUGGAAGCAGGAGCUCAAAUGAGCCUUAUUUUGAAAUUCAGAGCCAGAAGGGUCGAGUUUAAGAUCCAAACACUUUCUGCACGCCACCGGUGGCAACACACAGAUAGAAAUGAGACUUUAUUAUUAUUAUUUGAUUACUUUUUUUUGGGGGGGUACCACUUGCUGCUUCUGAGGCCAUUUUGGGUGAUUUCGUGUUCCUUUGUUGUGGGGGCAAAGUCAAUGCGGAGAGCCUCGUUUUGAAAGGAUGACUCC